AGAUUGACAGUUGACAGAUACCACAGCGCGUUCAUCAACUUGAAGUGGCACAGACCAUCGUCCCUCCCUCCGUCCGGCGGCGUGGCACGCCCUCCCUGUCAGAAUGACCUCUACUCUGAAGUCCAAACGGCGCACUCGCACGAAACCAUCCUUUCCUUUCCUCGUAGGCUACACGAUUACGGCUGCAGAAUUCAAGGAUGCUGUCACCCCCUUGCCCAGGUAUCAGAGAUUGAUUCAGACGCCGGGGGGCCGCAGCUAUAACGCGGCAUUGAUCUUUUCCAUGUCGUUCAACUACUUAUACGGCAUUCCAAGCCCAAUCUUCAUUGACGACGAAUCAGAAGACGACAGUGACCUCACUGCAGUUACAACUAGGCCUCUACUCUUUCCGACUCGCACCGUUCCUCAAAAUUGGCCGGAAGCGCAGCGGUCGGAGUCUCCCUGGGAUCAAACCGUACUGAAGGACAUGGUGGACAAAUUCGAAAGCAUCGGCGGGAGGAUCAACUUGGCCCAGUUCAAGUGGAAAGUGGCGAGACCCGAGUCCCGCGAUUAUCCUCUUGGGUACAACUUCCAGGUCGCGCUCGAUGACGAUCAAAUCCCUCCUGCACGACCGCAAGUCCUGGUUAUGUCGUCGCUGUUUCCUUGCGAGUCAGGUCUUUCGCUCCCUGACUUCCGCUCUAUCCUGGUCACAGGGCCGUACCACGCGUCUGCACCCGUACACCUCUUACUAUCUCGCGCCACUCUGUUCCCCGGGACGCGCGCCGUCUUGAUCACGCCCUCACAGGGAGUCAUCGCAGCCGCGCUUCAAGAACACAACGACGCUUGGCUCUCUACACAUUCCGGGCAAGGAAGGACGCUUGAGCUGUCCUGGUGCACAACGGUCUACUAUCCCCCAACUCCUGCCCAUUUCGCAUUUCUGCUGUCUAUGCUCUCUACAGAUGUCGACAAGACCCCCUCUGAGACUGUGCUCGAGGGUCAGCCGUCACUUGUCGUCCUCGUCGAAUUGUCUGCCUACUUCUUGGGGGAUGUGCAGGUCAAUCCCGAUCGGCAUUCUUGGACACUGUCCUCGUAUAUGAGCUUGAUAGCCCGUGUCUGGGCGUUUGUUGGAGGGCUCGGCAAGGACUCGCCAGUAUCUGUAGCCUUGUUUGAUUCCGGUCUAGACCGACUCAAACUCCCCAUUGUGAAGAAUCCUUCCGCCGAAUCGAAACGGCCGAGCAAAGACGAAAAUGCCAUAUUCUUCGUGCAGAAAUAUUUUGACACCAUGGCUGUCUUCGAGAAAGGUCGCGUCAUGUGCAUUUGACUUGAUUUUUAGUGUAAUCAGUUCGAGCAGACGACGAGCUUGCCGUAGACUAUUCCCAACACGAGGAAAACGAGGUCUUUGGGAGCGAAAAGCAAAAUCGUGCGCUGCUUUACAGCCUUGCAGGCAGAAAUCCGGAACCGACAGAGACGCUGCGAUGGUGCGAACGAAGAGUGUCUGGCGGAGGAGUCUUGUUCGUGAAGAGAAAAGUCGUUGCGUGAUGAGACCCGUCAUUCUGGUGAGCGAGAGUGCAUUCAUGAUCAUUAAUACAGUACAGUCAAGUAGUAUGGGAAAUGGCGCAAGCUGCUAAGUUGUCUGAGAAGGAUAGUCAGCUUGUAACGUUGCGAAAAGAGGCCGAAAACAGGAGUGCAUCAGAUCUGGCCUUGUCCAUUCUACACUUGAAGCCGGUGCAUAAACCCGAAGAAAACAAAACGGUUACAGCAGUAGCCAUCCCUUGGGAUGCAUUCGGAAUGCCCGAGGGCAUCACCACGACGUAUAUAAUCAUGGCGUAUCACUGCAUUCAGCCCUUAGCUAAGGUAGGCCGCAUGGACGAUCUACUCACAUCACGUGACAAAGCGUGACAAAAGCGUUACUUCCCCAAAAUUCUUAAUGGCCGCGAAAUGCAAUCCUAAUUUAGAGAUGUAUCUGCACAAAAAUGUGGCUAAUGGUUCAUUGAAAAACCUAGUGCGGGCCGA